AUGGGUGCGGAUGGCGGCCUGAGGCAUGUGGUGCACAAGCGUGUGCACCUUGAGCGCCACCAGCCCAAGCAUCGUCGCAAAUUGGGGUACCUGGAGAAGCACAAGGAUUAUGUCAAGCGGGCCAAAGAUUUUCACAAGAAAGAGGACAUCAUCAAGGAUCUGCAUAGGAAGGCGUACUUCAAAAACGAAGAUGAGUUUGCAUAUGGGAUGAUGAGUCACAGCACCACAAAAGAUGGAAAGAAGCAGAAGAAGAAGGUCCACCUGUCACAGGAAGAACAGCAGCUUGCAGAAUCGCAGGACACCCAGUACGUGGCCAUGCGGGAACAGAUUGACAACAAGGCAGUUGAGAAGCGAACUCAGCGGCUCCACUUCUUGGACGCCGACAAGCCAAACAAGCACGUGGUAUUCGUAGAUGAGGAUGAGCUCAGAGAUGGUGGCAAUUCAGGCAGCUCGAGCUCCCAGCACUCUAAGCGCUCCCUCAAGGGUUUCAAUGUGGCGGAGUACUUCGACACCCAUCCUGCGUUACUGACGAGAAAGGCCAAUCGCCUGCGCCUCAAGCAGUUGGAGACCAAGACCCUCCAGCAGCCAGAGCCCAUGGCAGCCGCGACAACUAGGCUUGUGGAUGACGGGAACGACAACCAAGACGGCGAUAGCAGGAUCAGCGCCAUGGGCGGUACUGGAACUGCUGCCGCGCCUGCAGCCACAACCAACAUGACCAUCACACUCAUAGUUUUGACAUGUAUCAGCUACAGCGACACAUGGGAGACCGUCCUCCAGACGUUCAUGCAGGGGCACAGUGCCGAGGACGUCGAGAUCUACGAUCGCUUCGAUCGGGCCAUCCCGAUACUGCAAACCUCCUAUGCCCCGGAUGUUGGCCAUUUCCCUUUGAAGGUUUGUGCCAAGGACGGAUCUAGUAAAGCAGGGUCCGCAGAAACGGUUCCGAAGGUCCGUACCAGCCCAUCCGGGAGGACUGCUGAUGUUGAGGACCCUCCAUCGGCCCAUCAUAGCACCAGCGCGCUCGCAGUUAUGGCUGAGCCAUCGUGGCGCGUUCGAUUCGCUCCGUCUGUUGAGGAGCAUCGUAACACCGAAAAGCCGGCAAGGAUUCAAAUCCCAUUUACCUGGGCCGUCACAGCUGUAAUCAGCUGCUCCGUUUUCCUGUCUUGUGCAGCAAUGUUUCUGCCGUACCUUUCCCAGGGGGAGUGUGUGCAUCAGAGCGUUCCACACGAGAGUGGUCGAAAGAAUGGCAAAGAAGUUCUCUGA